GUUGUUUCACUUUGGAAGUCCAAGAGAUUUAGUGAAAAAGUCAGGGUAAAACCCUCAAGGGCCAUACAGUUAAAGGGCCAUGGCCGCUCUCGCGGCCGCUGACGGCUGACGGCGUUGGACGUUGGACUAUAAGCGCGAUGCUUUCUUCUCUUGUUUUUGCGGUAAGGCCGAAUUAUCUUGGAACCCGAGUCCCGAACCGACCGGACGUGUUAUUCCGUUCUCCGCACUCUACGAGCGGCCAGUGGCCGCCAGGGCCGGCAAGUGGCCGCCCUUGUAACACCUCAAAAACAGGCCACCUCCAGACGUAACAAGCUUCUUGCGAGCAACUAAUUUGCUGCGUAUAGCUUGGACACUCGUUAGGGCGGCUGGACAGAGCUCGGACAGUAUGCUGUUUUCAAUCUCAAGGCCUAACCAUGAUGACUGCUGACGAUGUCGUCGCCGACGAGCAAGCCCAUAUGGAGUCGUGCCUCGCUUUUCCUAGGCUUCUGGAGAACUUCCCGGGCCAGUUCGAAAACAUGUUCGUUUCGGACGAUUUCGACAGCGUCACAAAAUUCGUGAAUUCACUCUCUAUCAAAGAGAUGUUUGUCCUGCUCUUCUGCCACUUCGGAGAGAGUUCAAAGUGCCGCUUCACGGAAUCAAUCUACCAGCUCCGAAAGAGUUACCUUGAGGCCUUUGAAAACUGCUCGCGAAUGGCUUACGUCGACUUCCAGCACACCAUAUCCCCAAAUUUAAAUGGCUUUACUGCUAAAACCAUCAAUACCAUCAAAGCAGGCAUGUUUGAAACCUUAGAGGGCCACACCCUCUCGACCCUGCUGGUGGUUAGUGGCCAGAGGAUUGAUUUGAGAAGAGAUUAUGGCAAGGGCGAGUUGAUCCGCAUAUGUUGUUUGUCUUUCUACAAAUCAUCCUCUCUGACUGAUCUGCCAUCUUCGAACAGCGAUUUCAAAAACAUGAAACUGGAGGAGUCGAUCCCUGUCAUCAAGAACGAAUUUCAAGGAAUACUCAAAUCCCUCAGCCAAUCCAUUGACGAUAAAUUCAACUUUAUUGAACAAAGCGUGCUCCAAAAGGCCAAGGACGACAGUACAGCUGCUCUGCUCAGGGUGAAAGAAGCCCAGCAUAGCAGGAGGCCGAAAAGAAAGGUACGAGAGGAAGCCGAGCUCAAAAAGUACUUUGAUUCGAACCGGAAUGAUUCACCUGGCUACAACCGGAAAAGGCGAAGACUUUAAAGUCUCGGAUUUCGAAAGUAACAUAAUGAAAUGAUAUGGAGUUUGAAAUGUGUUGCGUGGCAUAGUCCUUGUAGUUGACCAGGGUAAAAAGGCAGAGAAAUUGAAAAUUCGGAUUAUUGCUAUUUAUUGUCCAAGUAAUCCUGAUAACUUGUGCAUGGACCAAUUUUAGUAAUAUGGAAAAUACUAUAGAGCAGUUCCUAGACCCUGAGGGUGAACUAAUUAUAUAAGGCGAUUAGAAUGUUAACUUGGACCCAAAAUGUUCGAACCUGGAAGUAAUUAAAUUUUUGGAUCUAAUGGGUGACUACGAGUUAUCCCUGAAUUUUCAAUUUCAAAUAUUCUUUAUUUUGUUAAGCAUUAAUAUGCAGUAGCAAUAAUACUUUUUAAAAUAAGUCAAGAUACACAGCAUUAUUUAAACGAUAAAAUUCGUUUAAGUUAUAGAAUUGGUGUUGAAGUACAAAAGUUUUCACUUCCUUCACUAGUUCCUCGUCAUUUUCGAGGGUUUUCAUGUUUUUUGGCAGCGCAUGAUUUUUGGGAUCAUAUAAUCAGGGUUUUCUACAGACAUUUUGAGAGCAAUAUUAUUCAUGUUCAUGAUGACGAGGGGUUAAUUGUCCUAAUUAAGCUGAUUUUUAUAUUGAAAUAAUGCUUUUUCUUAAAUUAAUUAAAUAUGCUAUUUUAUUAACUCAAAUAUUAACUACAAAAUCCACUUCUUUGGACUCUAUAUAAGAAAUGUAAAGAUGUCAAUAUUGGUUGAUCAGUUAUUAUUUUAAUUCUAUAAUUUAUUAUAAAUAAAAUAUUAAGCUAUUUGAGUAAAUGUAUAAUGUUUUGUUUAUUAUUUGCUUGUUAAUAAAAAUUGAUAAUCAUAAUGACCUGUUGUAAAGGCAAAUUGGAGAUGUACUAUAUAUGUCUAAUGCAAUAAAUCUUGAUCUAAUCUAAUCUAA